UGGCAUGUAGCAAAUCCAAAAUGAUUCACUAAGUUUGUCUUAUUUUGACGCAUCGAACCGUAAGCUUUUCUCCCAGAAUUUCUCCGAUCCGUUUGUUAACAAGGACAUUUAGCAGACAUGCGCUACUCCAUUAUUAGUGUGUUCCGAUCCUGAAGCCACUGUUCUAGUAAAUAAAAAAAAAAACAACACCGCCGGGCUUAUGUAGGGUGCACGGCAUCGUGCGUUUCAGAUUAACCCUGUUAUACAUAAAUCGAACUGAACCUUUUCAAGCACGAACGUGCGAUUUUAACCAUCGUGCCCUAUACAACAUUGAAUUUUUCAAGACUGUGUUUGUAGACGUCGCCGGUCGUCAAAAAUUUAUUUGCACUGUGAUCGCCAAAUCAUUCAUACUUAAGUUUCCCAUAAGAAAAAUCCAACAAUAAUGCUAAGGCGCGCUGGUAAAUUCAGUCAGGCCACUGUUCUCUGGGGAAUUAAUAGCGGAGUUCGCGCUGUGAAUUUGCGCGCACCCGUCGUAGCGUCAGGACCCCUGGCCUUCAGUUCUCAAAAUCGCUACCGUUCAUCACUACCGAUAAACACUGGAUUAAUGUUUGUACCACAACAGGAAGCAUGGCUAGUUGAGCGGAUGGGCGCCUUCCACCGAGUUCUGGAGCCCGGACUUAACCUACUCAUUCCUGUUAUCGACCGCGUAAAGUAUGUGCAGAGCCUAAAGGAAAUUGCAAUAGACAUUCCACAACAAAGUGCAAUUACGGCCGACAACGUAGGCCUGAGCAUCGACGGUGUUCUUUAUCUCAAGGUUCAAGACCCGUACUUGGCUAGCUAUGGAGUUGAGGAUCCCGAAUUUGCAGUCACGCAAUUAGCACAAACAACGAUGCGUUCCGAGUUAGGCAAGAUCACUUUGGAUAGCGUGUUCAAAGAGCGAGAAUCUCUUAAUAUUGCUAUUGUCGAAGCUAUCAACAAAGCAUCCGCUUCCUGGGGAAUCGAUUGUCUGCGAUAUGAAAUCCGAGACAUAAAGCUUCCACCUCGGGUGACCGAGGCCAUGCAAAUGCAGGUAGAAGCCGAAAGAAAAAAGCGCGCGGCUAUUCUCGAAUCUGAAGGGGUGCGUGAAGCUGAUAUUAACGUAGCCGAAGGUCAGAAGAAGGCACGCGUUCUCGCCUCAGAGGCGCAACAGGUUGAACUCGUCAACAGAGCUCAGGGAGAGGCCGAAGCACUAGAGCGGAAGGCAAAGGCAAAAGCGGCUGCACUCCGAAUUGUGGCGAAUUCCCUUGCGGGCUGUGGAAAAGAUGCAGCAUCGCUCGCAGUGGCAGAGCAGUAUGUGGCCGCUUUCAGUGAACUCGCUAAGGAAACAAAUACCAUUUUACUCCCAGCCAACUCUGGUGACAUGUCUUCAAUGGUUGCACAAGCGCUUGGAAUUUAUCAGAAGCUCCAGGCCACUCCAUUCUACACAGGAAAGAACAAAGACUCACCUGACCGUGAGGGUAACUUCGCUGCGCACGACCCCGGAAUCGAUCCUGCUGAACCUUUAAGCAGUAACGAAGGACAGAACUCUACUAGAGAAAAAAAAGCGGAAGCUAACGACCUUAAACAGUCGGAAGACAAGCUGAUCGACGAAAUAUUGACUAAAAAAUAGUGUCCAUAUGUAAUAGUUAUUGUUCCUUUUUUAUGGUGCAUUAUGGGGGUUCGUUAUAUAGUUAGACAGUAAAUACGAAAAAAAAAAACUUGAGUAAAUACUCACGAAAAAAUACAAAAGCUGAAAAGGCGAAUCAAUGAAGCUCGAGCAUCACAUAAACAUGGUAUCGCUAUUAAGAGGUAAUCGUUUUGCAAUCGGCGUUAUAUUUACAUUACUGCGCAAAUGAUAAAAGGUGUCCGAAAAUACAUGUUUAGAUGAUGCUUUUAAUUAACUAAUUUAAUUAAUUAAUAAUAACCUUAAUUAAAAAUUAAUAUGAAAAAAGGGAGUGUGGACGGUAUGCAAACGACUGUAAAAAUUGAAUGGAAGCAAGAAACGUAUGUAUAUCGAGAUUUUUUGUAGGUAGUGGAGGACGGUGCGAAUUUCUUAGCUCAGUCAUGGGGCCUGAAUGUCUGAUAUAGUGCAUGGCUUAUAUAAGAACUUAUCAGUCAGAAAUAUACUGCACUGCUUAUAAUUGUACACUUA